AUGUCCCUCAUCCUCCUUCUAAUUAGCCUUUUUUUCUUAGAAAAACUUUUGCUUAUAAAUUAUAAUAAUUUUUUUAUAUUUUUAAGGGAACAUUCAUCGCAACUUUCAAAGAUCUUUUAUUCUAUUCUAUUUAUUUUAUCAUCCUCAAAAAAAUUUUUUUUUCUUCCUUCCAUGCUUUUUAGCGAGCAUAAUAAUUCUUGCGCAUCUUUUGAUAUCAACAAUUUUAUUUGGAAUUCAAUGACGUCGCUACAAAGUGAUGAUGAACAAAAUAGACAAGAAAGGCAACAAAAACAACUUUGCAACAAGUAUAUGCAACAUAACAAAAACAGACAGAUUAAUAAUGAGCAGAUUAAUAAUGAAACAAUAACAACAAAAAUAGGACAACCAACAAAAGGGCAGCCAACAAAUAUUAAUUCUGAAAACAGCAGGAAUAUAAAAAGAACAAACAAAAACAACACUAGAACUACCAACAAAACAGUCAUUUUAAGAACACAAAAAACAUCUAGAAAUAAUUCACAUUCCCGAAUAUUAUCCAAAAUUGUUGUUCUUUUCCUUUUUUGUUAUAUUCCACUGAUGGUUAAUGCUCGCCAAAGGCGUUUAUUGGAUGGAGAGUCUUCCUCCGAAGGAGAAUCAUUGCCAAAUAGUGAAAUAACUUUACCAGAAGAGUGCUAUCAUCGAUACUCCAAUACAGACCAUCAUUCAUCAUUAAUGCAUUGGUUACACAGAAAAAACUCUUCGCAUUAUUCACCAAUUUCGCCAUCAUAUCAGCAGGCACUGCUCAAGUUACAGGUAAAGAAAAUAAAAUUGCAUUUCCGGAACCGACUUUGA